AUGGGAAAAUCUGGCAAAGCCAACAAAAAGACAUCCGUGAAACUCCACGCACGUGCUGAAGCAGUGCCGUAUCCGAGCGCUAAGGAAAAGCAAGAGCUUAGUCGUAAAUCUGGACUAAGCGUUCGCCAAGUAUCACAAUGGUUUGUGAAUGCAAGGAGGAGAAGUGAAGGACGGUCAUACGAAAAACAAGGCAGCCAUGAAAGUCACUUAAGCCUUUCGUUGCCAAGAGCAGAACAGUCUGCUACGCUAGAUGCUCUUCCUUCGGCAGUGUAUGGAGGCGCCUUGACCAAAUCGCGUUCUCAAAGCGACAUAUCUGCAAAUUUUCAAACUAGCACCGAUAAUUCGCGAAAUUCUAUUGCUUCAUGGCCCUCAAGCUGCUGUUCUUCCUGCUCUGAGAGCCCCAAUAUUGCAGAUCAUCAACAAUCUAAAACUGAAGGCUCAGGAUCGCGGCAUAACGUGGGCAACAGGGCAGCCGAGGAUAAAAGCUCCCGCAUUUGUCAAUGUACUUCCUCUCUUGAACAAUGGACAUGCCUUCCCACCGGACCGAAAAGAUGGGGUUUUGGAGACCCCUCGCCAAAAUGCUCUCUCCGUGAUGAACGCGACCCGUCCGACGAACACCUUCAAUCUCAUCGUAUAUCUGACUGUAUAGCGAAACCUACCUUAUUAAGAGUUUUCCACAGAAAAGACCAUUUGCAUCAACGCUUGCGUCUUGCGCACGGCGUCGAUAAAAUGAUACUAUCUAUGAAUGCUUGGAGUUCGAAAAUUUCUAAAGUGGAAUCACGCUGCGGUUUUUGCGGAGAGAAUUUUUCUCUUUGGACGGACUGCAAUGAUCAUCUAGCCGACCACUUUAGCAGAGGAAAAUCUAUGAAAGACUGGAAAGGGGAUCGAGGCUUUGAGCCUUCCAUUGCGGUGCUUUCUUUGGAUCUAGAGCCUUUUAGCGCCUCAAAGGGCGUCAUGAAGAAGAUUCUCACAUGUCCAGGCGCUCAGAACCCUCCAAACGUGUUUGAGCUACUUACAGCCCACAUUGGUGACUUUAUGGCUGCCUCACGAGCAAGCGGCGCUACCAUCAAUUGCGAUAUCCUUCGUCGCCAGGCGCGGCUUAUUCUCUUCGGGGAUGAUGACCCAUUGAAUCAGACUCCUGCAGACAAUAAUCAGUGGCUAACAUUGUUCAAGAUUGGACAUGGGCCGAUUGGAGCCGGGGGGGAAGACGACAAUACUGAGCCUACGCUCCCAUGGUGGUGCCAGUCACCUGAAUGCCUAGCAGAUCUUAUGCAAAUGAGUCAAGAAUUUGCUUUAACGACCCUAGGCGAUAUUGAAGUUAAUGAGCUGGGUGGAAAAUACUAA